AUUUCCGGUGUCGCUCGAGUAAGGGCCGGCUGGCCGGCAGCGAGGAGUUUUGAACGUCAGACAAACUAAAUUAGCCCAUUUACAGCGCUGUGGCAGCUGGUGCCCGGGAUAUAGUACGACAGCCCCGAGGGCGAGUAUGGCGACCAACAGCAUAUCCUACAACGACCAGGGCCUGGGAAGGGAAUCGACCGAGUUGGGCCAAGAAGCCACGGCGAUGACUUCAGGAGGAGGGGCAGGAGCUGGCUUUCGGCUCUUCAGCGUAGACUACAAGAAGAAUGAAGAUCUUCAUCAAAUGCUGGACAGCAACAAGGAUUCACUUAAAUUGGAGGCGAUGAAGAGGAUUGUUGGGAUGAUUGCUAAAGGAAAAGAUGCUUCAGAGUUAUUUCCUGCUGUUGUGAAGAAUGUCGCUAGUAAAAACAUUGAGUUGAAGAAGCUGGUGUAUGUUUACCUUGUACGCUAUGCAGAAGAGCAGCAAGAUUUGGCCUUGUUAUCAAUCAGCACCUUUCAGCGUGCGCUGAAGGAUCCCAAUCAGUUGAUUCGGGCAAGUGCUUUACGAGUUCUUUCCAGUAUUAGAGUGUCAAUUAUUGUGCCAAUAAUGAUGCUGUCUAUUCAGGAAGCUGUCAAUGACCUAUCUCCAUAUGUUCGGAAAACUGCUGCCCAUGCCAUUCAGAAGCUUUACAGUCUAGACGCAGAGCAAAAAGAACCAUUGAUAGAGAUCAUAGAAAAGCUACUGAAGGAUAAAAGUACGCUAGUAGCUGGAAGUGUUGUCAUGUCAUUUGAAGAGGUUUGCCCAGAACGAAUUGACCUGAUUCACAAGAAUUACCGCAAGCUGUGUAAUCUGUUGGUAGAUGUGGAGGAGUGGGGACAAGUCGUUAUAAUCAACAUGCUCACUCGCUAUGCACGAACGCAGUUUCUAAGUCCAUGGAAAGAGGAGAUGAUGUUGGAUGAAAACAAUGAGAAAGCAUUCUAUGAUUCUGAUGAAGACCAAAAUAAAAAUGGUGUUGCUGCUAAAAAACCAUAUAUAAUGGACCCAGAUCAUCGACUGCUGCUCCGGAACACCAGGCCAUUACUACAGAGUAGGAAUGCUGCUGUGGUAAUGGGUGUUGCUCAGCUCUAUUGGCACCUUGCACCAAAGUCAGAAGUUAACAUUGUCGCCAAGUCGUUGAUUCGAUUGCUUCGAAGCCACAGGGAAGUGCAAUACGUUGUGCUGCAGAACAUUGCAACAAUGACUAUACGAAAUAAGGGGAUGUUUGAACCAUAUCUGAAAAGCUUUUACAUUCGAUCCACUGAUCCAACACAGAUAAAAAUUUUGAAGCUUGAAAUUCUAACAAACCUGACCAGCGAAACCAACAUCCCGAUAGUGCUACGAGAAUUUCAGACCUAUGUGAAAAGUCAGGACAAGCAAUUUGCUGCAGCCACAAUUCAGGCAAUUGGAAGAUGUGCCACCAAUAUUUCUGAAGUUACAGAUACGUGUCUUAAUGGGUUGGUGUACCUGCUGUCUAACAGAGAUGAAAAUGUUGUCGCAGAAAGUGUAGUUGUCAUUAAGAAACUACUCCAGACACAACCAUCCCAGCACAGUGAAAUCAUCAAACAUAUGGCCAAGCUUUUGGGGAAUAUUACAGUACCCAUGGCUCGAGCAAGCAUCCUUUGGCUGAUAGGUGAGUACUGUGAGCGUGUCCCAAAGAUUGCACCAGAUGUUCUGAGGAAAGUGGCAAAGAGCUUUACAACUGAAGAGGAGAUAGUGAAACUACAAAUUCUUAAUCUGGGAGCUAAGCUCUGUUUAACAAAUCCCAAACAGACAAAAUUGCUUAUGCAGUACAUAUUAAAUGUAGCCAAGUAUGAUCAGAACUAUGACAUUAGAGAUCGUACAAGAUUUAUCAAGCAGCUGAUUGUUCCAAAUGAGAAGAGCGGUGCUUUAAGCAAGUAUGCCAAGAAAAUAUUCCUUGUUCAAAAGCCAGCACCAGUCCUCGAAUCUCCAUUUAAAGAUAGGGAUCGUUUCCAACUGAGCACGUUAUCGCAUACACUUAAUACUAAAGCAAAUGGGUAUCUCGAGCUUCCAGAGUGGCCGGAGAGUGCCCCUGACCCUUCAGUCCGAAAUGUGGAAGUCAUUCAACCAGUUAAGCUGGUUACACCAGGAGGUAAAUCAAAAGGCAAGAAAGAUAACUUGGAUGGCAAGUUUUACUCUGAUUCUGAGGAGCAGGAAGACUCCAGCCAAAGUAGUGAAUCUAGUAGUGAGAGUGAAAGUGACAGCAAGAAUGAAGACAGCAGUUCGAGUUCAAGUGAAGAGUCAAGCGAUAGUGAAUCGGACAAAGAGGAACAGAAUGAAGAAAGUGAAUACAGUAACUCUGAAAAUAACAAGACCAAAACUAAACCCAAAAAGCUGAAUUCUGCAACUUCCUCUGAGUCAGAGGAUAGUUCUUCUGAAGACGAUUCUGAAUCUGGGAAUGACUCCGACCUAGAAAACACAGUGACACAAAAGAAAGAAGAGAAAAAAACAGUAUCGGUCAAGGCUGCCAAACAGGAAAUUUCACUGUUGGAUUUGGUUGACUUUUCUGAUGUGUCAACACCAGUCACCCUCCCGAAACCAGUAAUGGCUUCAAGAUUAGCAGCUGAUUUAGAAGGAUUAUCGCUUUCCAGUACUGCUGCUGUCAUUGAUGUGGCCACUCCAGUGUUUGUUCCUCCAAAAUCAUACCCGCUACUUCAUCGGAUGUCUGGAAAAGGCCUUGGAGCGGAGUAUCACUUUUCACGUCAGCAGUGUAUUUACAACUCAAAAAUGGUUUCUGUUCAGAUCAUAUUAACCAAUAACUCCGAUAAAGAAAUCAGGAACAUUCGAAUAGGAGAACGGAAGCUUGCAUCAGGGAUGCGUAUACAUGAUUUCUAUGAAAUAGAGUGUCUUGAGCCUGGAACAUCAAAGACUGCUUCAAUGGGUAUUGACUUCUGUGAUUCUACACAGGCUGCCAACUUUGUACUAUGCACGUGCAAUGAUCAAUUCAGUGUCACUGUCCAACCUCCAGUGGGAGAGCUGCUUAUGCCAGUCACCACAUCUGAAAAGGAUUUCAAGAAAGAACAAGGAAAACUGACAGGAAUGAAUGAAAAUUCUACAGCAAUCACGGGGUCUCCACAGAAUUCCUCCAGCCAGGCAAUUGUGCAUAAGGUGGUAAACAUGGCUAAUGUUGGGGUUGUGCCUUCUGGCCAAGAUAAUAUACACAGGUUUGCAGCUAAAACUGUGAACAGUGGAUCUUUGGUACUCAUCACAAUAGAAGUGAAGGAAGGUUCAACAAUGCAGCUGAGGAUAAACACUGAAAAGUCUGUGAUUGGUUCAGUGCUGCUGCGGGAGCUGAAGUCUGUGCUGUCUCAAGACUGACCAGGAUAUGGAUGCAAGUGUCUGGCAAACAUUGUGUUAGUCAGCCAUUGCUGUUGCCUUUCAUUUAUAAUAGGUUAUACCCCCCCAUCUGGCAGUAGUAUGUAAACCACACAGUAACAAUCUUGUUAGAAUCUGCUUUGAAAUUCAUUAUAUAAUUUAGCACAAUCCUGUUUCGCUUGCUACUAAAGUAGCACAGUCCAAAGUAACUAAACAUUGAGCAGCUGGAUUAAAAGAUCAGCAAAUCUACUGUUGUUUUGUUUCGGUGUGGUGUUAAGGGUAUUUUUGUUCUUUUGAAUGAGCAAACAUUAAACGUAAGUUAACAUUUAUAACCUUGUCUCUUUCUUCAGGAGUGUGAGGAGCCACUAAUUUUUAAGCAUUUUCAGCCACUCUAGCUUUUUGUUUAAUUUCCAAGAAAUUAACUUGAGAAGUAAGGAUCAAAUCAGUGCGAGGCCAAAUGGUUCAGUGGUGAAUUUAUUGUAGAACUCUUGAAAGGCGCUCUAUUAAAUGAAUGAAGACAAUAGUGCAUACUCUUUUUCUGGUGCCAACUGCUCCCCUAAAUGGUCUUGCAAUGGUCCAAAAUUAAGGAUAAAAUUCAUCCAAAGAAAGAUAUCUUUUGCCAAACAAAAAAUGUUUCACCUGUUUGCUUUCCCUUAUGAUACAUCAGUACCACUUUAGCUGUUAAUGUUUUGGAAUCCUUAUCUCAGUAUUUUGUUAAGCCUAGUUACAUAGGCUUGACCAAAUAUGAUGCAUUCAGUUCUGGAAUCGGAUAAAGAAAAAUGUAUAGUGGAUAUCUGAAAUUAAACCAGUUCUUAAAAAUCCAGUAAAACUGAUCAGUGAAUGAGAAGGGGAGAUAGAUAGAUUGACUUGGGUGUAACUAAUUAUCAGAAUUCAUUCAAGUACGACCCCAUCACACUGCCAUACUCAAACAUCAACUGGCAGCCUGUGCAUUUUAACGCUUUUUUUUUCUCAUUCUUGUGAUCUAUGCAUACAUCCUCACCUUCAGCAUUUGGAAGGGGAGUACAAUAUCCCUUCAAUUCAACCUCCUUAAUUAGGGAACUUUACAUUAUUCCAGUACCCCUCCUAGUGGCGGACUUACAAGCAACCUUGCAGUAGCUCGGAAAGGAGUCACAACCGUGAAGUAGGGCAGGGCUAAAAGAAAGAGGCAAAACCAUCUUGCUUUCCUUUCUCACCUUUUUUUGGUAAUUGUUGUGAAUCAUGGCUUUUCUAAGAUCUGAAAACUAGUGAUGGUUUUGAGUAGAACAGAGUCUAUACUUUGACAUGGUACCAAAUUGUAUAGCACAACAAAAAAUGACUGCUUACAAAUGGAUUCCUGAUGAUUAGAACUUCUGGUUUAGCAGAUAUGCUGUUUACAUCUUUCUGAAUAAUUGUUGCAAAUUGUAACAUUUUGGAGACUAAAGCAAAAUUUUCUAACAUGGGGGAAAAUACAGCUUGUUGAUGAAUAUAAUUUUAUUUUAGUAUAAAUUGGGAAAAAUGUAAAAUCCUGUUAACCUUUUCUCACCUCCAGAGUAAAAGGGGGAAAUGGCUGCUUAUGGAACAGCCAGCUUGUAUCUUAAUCUUGAUUAUGUGCCAAUUUUCCAAUUACUAUUGUUAGUCUGUAGAGAAUAGUUGCUAAUAGUACUUGGAGAUGCUUGUACUGCUGUUUAUUUUCUUCCUCCUCCACUUGCUUCAGAAGUAAAAUACAAAAGUGAGCUUAUUAAAUUUCCAAAUGGAUAAACAGA